AUUUUUUUGUUUAUAUGGUUAUAUAAUGUUAGUUUUAAUUAGAAAGAUAAAAAUUGUUUAUAUAUUUGUCGUUUAAGUUGAAAAUAUGUUUAAGUUGAAAAUAUUUAUAUAAUUAUGUAUGAUAUUGUUUUCUAUCGUAAAUAUAUUUGUUGUAUAACUUGGAAAAUUGUUUAUAUAUGUGUAUGUUAUUGUUUUUUAUCGGGGAAAUAUAUAUAUUAGUAAUUAAGAAAGUAUUUGCAGUUCGUAAUCAUAUAUUUAAAAAAAAAUAUAUUUUUUAGUUAUCUAAUUUGUUUUUGUGUUUUUUUUUGCAGCAUGAUUUUAGUUUAAUGAAUACGAAAGCCUUUGCGAACCUAAAAGGCUCUGGCGGUAACAUAUGGGAAGUCUUUGAAGUUUUAGAUGAUGCCCGGCGUGCUAUUUUCAGAAAUACCGUCUUUGGCUAUUUUAUUGAUGUCCCUCGUUUACAAGGGGACGCUUUAUUGUUUCAUAAAAUGUUCCUUCAUCAGAUCCGGCCGGACCCUGUUUUAUCUCCAGAUGGAAUAAAACGUUUAUAUUUUCGAGUAGGCAAUACCAAAAUGGUUUAUGGGCCGGAAGAGUUUUGUUUGAUUACCGGCUUCAAUUUUGGGGAGUAUCCAAAAAACAUUGGGAGAAAAGGGUCGGAAAAAUUAAUAAGCAGUAAAAAAAGAUGUUUACUGCGUGAACGGCUAUUUCCGGACCAUACUAAUAGUUCGGUGAAAAUCGGCGACCUGAAAAGUUUAAUUUUAAAUCAAACAUUCCUAGCACUUGACGACCUUGAUGCAGUUAGAGUAUGUUUGAUAUACAUUUUGUGUGAAGGUUUUUUGGGCAAAGAAGUUAACGAUCGGGUGCCACAAGAUUGGUUUUAUUUGGCUGAGAAUUUGGAUCUCUGGAAUAGCUUCGCUUGGGGUAGCUAUCUAUGAGAUUUUACUUAUGUUGACCUUGAGGAUACGUGGAAUAAGAUACAUCAUUAUUUAUCACUUCCUGAGCGUGGUCAAACUUUAAAGUAUUCCGUCUCAGGAUUUACGGCUCCAAUUAGGGUAUAAAAAUUUUCUUAUAUUUAAAUUGUUUUAUUGUUAUAUUUUUUAUUUUAAUUUUAACUUUUAUUACUGUUAUUGUACAAAAUUGUAGAUAUGGAUAUAUGAGAUGAUUCCGGCUGUUCGUGCAUGUGAAUUUGCAUUAAGAAAAAAUAAAGACUUGCCUCGGAUGAAAAGAUGGAGCGGAACAAAAAAAUUGAAAUGGGUUGACGUGAACAAGAUUUGGUCAAAGAUGCAGGUUUAAAAGUUAAUUGUUUUUUAGUCAAUAACAAAAGUAUCAUGUGUGCAGCAUAUAACCAUUUGGUACCGACUUUUGAUGGAGAGACGGUUUGAGAGCGACCGACAUACAAUAAUGCCUCCAAAUUUUUUUGUUUCUCAUGCUUUGGAAGAAGGACAGGACUGGAGGGCGUUUAUGGCUGGUAUUGCUACAUACCCCAACUUCAUGGUUGCUUGGUGGGAUGUUGAUACGGUCUUAUUGCCGAUUCAUUCAUCCCCUAAUCAUUGGCUAUUUGGGGAACUACGAUUAGCGUCAAUGGAAGUGCAUAUUUAUGACAGUCUUGGUAGAGGUGCUUAUGAAAAAUUCAAAUCCGAAGGAAUCUUUUCCAAAUUUGAACGUCGGGUGGCAAAUUAUUUGGACAAGAUUAAGUAUUGGGCGCGGAGGAACAUCCCAAGGAUUCCAUUGAAUAUGCAAUUCAUUUAUGAAGAAAACGUUCCCCAACAAAGUAGUCAUUUGGGAGAUUGCGGUGUUUUUCUUUGUAUGUUUAUGGAGCAAUUGGUUUCAGGUCAACCAAUACGUGUUCUUAUUGACCCAAAGAACGCAGCUUUAGAGUUCCGUCUCCGGAUGGCAAAAAUUAUUUGGGGGUCUAGUCUUGCUCCUCUGUAGUUGGAUUAUAUAAAUGUAUAUACAAAUUAAUGUUGGAUUUCAUUAUUAGUUUAUCUUUAGAGUUUACUCAACGGAUGACAAAAAAUAUAACGUUACGACAAUUACAACAAUUUAAUGACCUACUAAUUACUUAUCAAUAAAUUCAACAUAAG